AUGGCCACUCACAACACCAACGUCGUUUACAUAGACACCAAUCUCGAUACCCGCUUCGCGCUCCUCGUUUCCGACCUCGACACUGUCUCUGACCUCAAAAAGAGUAUUCUGUUGGAACACCCCUUAUGCUUUCCCCAAAUUGGGCAAAUUCAGAUUCAUGGGAUCAAGGUUGAGCGCGAGGGGCACUUUUAUCACCUUGUAGAUUCCAUGCCUCUGAGAAGUGCCUUUACUGGUUCCAACAAGAGCUGGUUGGUUAGUGUGGAUGCUACUGUGUUGAGGGAGUGUUCUCAGAAUAACCAUGUGGCCACUGUCGGCAUAGCAAAUAAUGUUUUGAUUAGUGGUGGUGAUAAUGCUAUCGGUUCUCCAUCCAAGAGGGUGUCCACCUUUGGCAAUUUCAAGUUGCUGCAGUUGGAGAACAAACUAGCUGAGAAUGAAGAAGAUCUUGUUCCUAGUCCAUGUGUUUCACAACAUACUGGCAAAGGAGCUGUUGAAAAAUUGAAUACAGGUGUUAAAUCACCUAUAAAAAAUAAUGAACUUCCAGGUUCAGCCAUUGAAUUUGAGGUUGAUGGAACCAAUAAAGGCAUUAUGGGUGCUGUAUCCAAUGUGAACAGUAAACAUAAAAGUAAAAACAAAAAGAAAAACAAAGACACAGUGCGAGAAGACACUUCAAAAGUAAAUGAUACUUCUGUUGUUGGGCUCUUCGAUUGUAUGACUCAGCAGGAUAUUGAGGUUGUAGCGAAACCUUCAGAGAAUGCAGAUAAAGAAGUGAUGAAGGAGAUUGAAGUUUUGAAGGAGCAUCAGCAUACUGAUUGCAACAAUAAUAACACGAUGAGUGAUAUUGAUACUGCUGUGGCAAUGAAAGAAGCUUCAAAACCUGAACUUACUGCAAAGAAGAAAGGUAAGAAAAGGAAGAGGUCUUUGACUGUUGAUUCUAAAGAAGUGUUCACCGUAGAGAAGGCUGCUCAGGAGAAUGAAGUGCACAAGUCUGAUGAAGCAUACGAGGAAAGGAAAGAAUCAAAGUAUGAUUUUGAACUUCAGAAUGAAAAAUAUAGGGAUGAUGUUGAAUAUAAGCAUGAUAAGGUAACUGGAGACAUUUUAAAUACAAUAACUCCUGCAAAGAAAAAGCUGAAGAGCAAAGAGAAAAGUGGAGAAAAAAGUUUGUCCAAGGCCAAGUUGAUUAAUGAUUUCAAUGUAAACAUUUCUUCUAGCCAUGAUCUGGUGGAAAUUUCUCUAUACGACCAAUUGUAUGAAGGUGAUACUACUUGGGAAAAGGGUGAAAAUAAUAUCAAUAUGGACAAAACUAAUAUUGACAACAUGGAGACUGGAACAGAUGCAUGCAAAGAAGGCAUUAAAUCUGCAGAAAAAACUACAGGAAACUAUAUGAACCAUUCUGAUAUUGAAGCAAAAGCGCACGCUGCUAAUGUGGAUGGGUCUAUGGAGCUGACUGAGGAUGAUGAUAAAAGUGAAGCUGAUCAGGUUGAAGGAGCUGAGGAAGGAAUAGAAGUAUCACCACAAAAUGAUCCUAAGCUAAUGCUGUUACAAAAGUCUACACCAUCUAUCCAGGACAAUAUAGAUGCAAAAAUUGGAGCAUUAAAUGUGACAUCAAAAGUUGUGGAUGUCAAUAGAAUAAAUGAAUCUAUAAAAUCAGAGAAGGAAAAAAAUAGGAAGAGAAAAACUAAGAAUUUAGGUGGAGGGUCCGCACUCAGAGGAGGUAUUGGCCUUGUGGAUGCUUCUGAGAAUGAAACUGUUAUUAUGAAGUCGCUUGGUGCAACAAAUUGUGAUCCUACGUUAAGAAAUACGGAGACAGGGGAUAACCCUUUAAAUCAAACAGAAGGAGGGAAAAUACAGGAGGAGGAAACUAAUGCUGAGUCCACAUGCAAGAGACAGAGAAAGAAAUCAAACAACAAACAGACUUCUAUCUCAAAGAGCAUUUUCAAUAGGCUUCCGAAAGAUCAAGUUCUUGAUGGUAAGAAUUCAUCGCCAUCUCCUGACCACGGAAGACAUUCCAAAUCUUCAGUUGCGGUGACAAAGAAAAGUAACUCUGCAAGCACAAAGUCCCCUAACAAAUCACGCAAAGCAAAUGUGAAACCGCGGAAAGACUCUAUUAGACUUGAACCUUCUGAUUCUCGGAUUAAUUCUGGGAGUAAGGAUGCUGUGCAACGUACAAUACACUCUCCUGAAGAGAAAGAUGAUGAUAACUUGGAAGCACCUUCUAAAACUUUAAAGGUUAAUGCUGACCAACAUUUGUCAUCCUGUAAACAGCCAGAUGAAGAGCUUGUUGACAAGUUGAAUGGAACAAAGAUGAAAGAUAUUGAGACGAUGGCCAGAAAUAACAUGCACCAGCUUGAAGCAACAAAUGGACAAACUCCUGCUGAGGAUUUAAGCUCCUCGCAGAAAUUAUCAUCAAAGGAAGAGCUUGAUGUCAGGAUUCAUCCUGUUGACAAGGUACAGAAUGCUCACAGGACUGGACAAGAUUCAAAAGUGUCUGGCAGGACUGACAGUGCUGUGAUUGAAGAAAAUAAAAAGAUUCGUCUCAAUGCUUAUGGGAAAAAAAGGGAUUUGAAAAAACAAAGAUCACAUGUUCCUGUAUCAAACUCAAAGCUGGAAGGCUCCAUAAAAAUGGUUCAAAAUAAAAUAGAAAAAGCUUUUAGGAAUAAAAUACUGCAAAAGAAGAGCUUGUUAUCAGGAGCAAUUUUCAAGGAUGAUAGUAGCAGCAGCUCUGAAUAUGAAGUUGAUAAUUCUGAUGCCAGCACUAGAACUCCAUCAGAUAAUCCACUGUUAUCUGAUUUUUCUGAUGGAGAUAGCAGUUCAGGUAUGGAUUCACAAUUAGAUGAAACAAAAGGAAUGUCAAUCGAUGACGUUCUUAGAAGCUCAAGCUGGUUUAAGAAGGCUAAAAUAACGGCCUCUCAAUUGCAAGAAUCUCAAAGCCAGCCCCCCGAAUUUGUCCCAGAUAGCCUGGCUGAUUGA